GUCUCUGGGUGAACUUGGGGGCGGGGGACGAAAGCACUAGCUGCUUUACACUGUUACCCAAUAAAUCAUAAGAGAGAGAGAGGAAGACCCACGUCAGGAGGGGGUGGAGAGAGAAAAUUCCUUGAAUGGGCUUACUUUUAGAAUGUGCCAGGGGCCAAAGGACUAGAUAGCUAAGCCUGGCUGUGAGACUGAAUAGACCCGUGUGCCUGCGUGUGAGAGGGGACAGUGCGGGGAGAGACGCGGGGUGCCUGGGAGGGAGGCAGCCCUGUGUGUGUCGUGCCUGUGAAGAGAAACAGCCCCGUGGAGGGGAAGACCUGUGCGCGGGAGAGAAGGGACUAGCCCCGUGUGCGUGUAAGGGGACGGGGCCAGCCCUGCGUGGGGAGGAAGAGCGAAGAAGCCCCGAGUGUGAGAGAAGGAACAGCCCAGUGUGUGUGUGUGUGUGUGUGUGUGGCGGGAACAGACCGUGCAGUUCUGGCGGGGCUGGGAGACCCUCUCUCGGGGUGUCUCUGGAGAGCGGGGGGCUGGCAGCCCGUCCUGGCUCCUCCGCGGAGCCUUGUCCCAUCCGCUUUGUGACUUCACUGGCUCCGUAACAAAGCCCGCUCCUCCACCCCGCCCGGCCGCUCCUGCUGCCCGGCGCCUCCCGUGCCCGGCCGGGGUGGGCUGCGGCCGCGGGCCCCCGGGGCAGGAUGCUGUGCUUCAUGCCGGGAGUGGCCUUCAUCCCCGCGCUGCUCGUCUGCUGGUCCUCGGCCGCCUUCAUCAUCUCCUAUGUGAUCGCCGUGCUAGGGGGGCACGUGGAGCCGCUUGUCCCCUACAUCAGUGACACAGGAACAAAACCUCCAGAAAGUGGCAUAUUUGGGUUUAUGAUUAAUAUUUCAGCAUUUUUAGGUGCAGCUACAAUGUACAUCAGAUAUUUAAUAAUAGAGAAGCAAAACGAAUCAUCACAUUUUAUGAAUCCUUCAUGUAACUUAAUUACAUUGUGUAUUGGAUUGCUGGGCUGUAUUGGAAUGGGCAUUGUUGCAAAUUUUCAGGAGUUAUCUGUUCCCAGCGUCCAUGAUGGAGGAGCUCUUGUGGCUUUUGGCUCUGGUGUUGUUUACAUUACACUUCAGUCUGUCAUCUCUUUCAAGUCAUGUCCACAAUGGAACAGUCACUGUACAUGUUAUAUAAGGAUAGCCAUCUCUAUCGUGUCAUGCAUAGCUGUCAUUCCCAUGAUUGCAUGUGCGUCAUUAAUUUCCAUAACAAAAAUUGACUGGAUUCCAGGUGAAAAGGAUUAUACUUACCAUUUUGUGAGUGCAAUCUGCGAAUGGACAGUGGCCUUUAGUUUUAUCAUCUUCUUCUUAACCUUCAUUAGAGAUUUUCAGGGAGUUACCUUAAGGAUAUCAACAGAAAUGCAUGAAGACUUCUGAAAAUAGAGAAAUUCUAUUUUUAUCAAUGAACAUUGUAGGGUUUUUUUUAAUUAAAGAAAAUGUUGCAGUGAAACAAGGGAUUUCAGUGCUGAUAUGACAUGAAGCCACUGCAUCAACUCUGCAAUCUGCAAAAUCCUAUCCAAGGAGACCUUUUUAAUACUAACAUUUCUAAAUGUAUUUUUCCCCUGAAUGGGCUCUCUUUACUCUGCAUCCUUGCAAUAUUUUAUAAUUUUUAAUACUGUUUGAUAAUUUAAAAAAAGGUACCAAAAGGUGACCUGUAAAAGCACUUUCAAAUUCUGUUACAGUGUAAAACAGAGGGUCCUCAACUUUUCACUUUAGAGAAAUGGUUUUUCCAUUAAUAGUAGUCUGAUUAAUGGCAGUAGUCUUAAACUAAAAAGGAAAAUACGGUUUGCAUAUUAUUUGCAAAGUGUCAAGAAAGUGAACAAAAUUAAAUCAGUUUAAUUUUAAUUAGCACGUUAGAUUGUGCUUUUCUCCCACAUUCCGAAUAUUUUUUUGUCAAGGUCUAUGUUCUGUUAAGUUGCAAGACACUGGGUGGGAGGAAGAUGAUGUUGUGAGCAGACAUAGGUAACUUUGUUCCAAGGCCUACAGUUUUAUGGUUUACUGGAUUUCAGUACUUAUACUGUCAAGCUAAUGGGUACAUUAUAAAUAUCCUAGAUGGAAGUCUGGACUGUUAAUAUUGCUUGAAAAAAUGUUUUCUGCUCAUCAGUUUCUUCUUCCCUGUAGAAGGCUAAAAGCUUAUUUUAAUGGUGGCUAUGAGGUAGCUUAAAGCUGAAGAAUGUAAUGGGAAGGAAAGGGAUAAUAAAAUAUUACUUUUCAGAAACAGUCAGAGGGAAAUUGGAUGCUUUGAGAUCUUAAUGCUGUUUGACUAGCAUGGGCAAAGGUCUUCCAGCAUACCUUUCUAACCAAUGACAGCAGAAGGCAAGCCUACCCUUGAGUCAUCAAAAAGAGAACUGAAGAGGGAGGAGGGGAGCCACUUAUAGUUAUAUAAAGGAACUGAAUAUCAUUACUGGAGGGCAUCUAAGAUUGAGAUAGGCCAUGGGAUAUGCUGCUAAAUAUUUUUUACUAUAAAUCUUUUUAUACCUUGUUUUUUAAAGAAACUAUUACUGCAUUUGAAGAGUCUGGGGUGGAAGUUUGCUAUAAUAAUUGAAGAGUCUGCCCUAUUAUAACUAACCAGGACCUAGCAUUUGCUAGUAGCUGGAGGCAGAAAUAUACUUCAUGCACUACAGAGAAAAGACAAAAUUUCAUUAACUCCAUACAGGGUACUAACCACUGAGCUAUCAGGCUAGUUCAGCAAAAAUUGUACUUUCCAGGGCAUAUCACAAUCAUUUGCAGAAAUACUGGUAAUUGUCGUUAGGGGUUAAUUUUAUAUUAAAUAUCAUGUACACUAUCAGUGAAGAGUGAUGUCUAAGACUUGCCAGCUGCUAAUGCACCCUUUGAUAUGUAUAUUAAACUUAAAGCCAAAUUCAGCUGAGUCUCCAUUUUUUAUUAACUUGGAAAAAAACCCGACAAAGUUUCCUUUUAAGAUUCCCCACAGCCAAAAUAGUGUGACUUUUUUCUGCUUGACAGCACUGGCGGCUUUGCUAUCUGUAGCGUUCUGUUUGCCUUGAAUUUGAAAAAGUGUAACCAUGACGCCUCCUGUUGAAAACCUAAUCCAGACAAUAAAUGCAAGAGAUGUGCCUGGCUGA